AUGGGCUCGGCAGAUAACAAGCCCGUCGACACCGGUCUGGGUAGCAGCCAAAGUAACGAGCCGCCCCAAAACUACGACGCCGUUGACUGGAAAACGUUGCCGCCUCUUGGUAAGCUUCUGAAAGAGAAUCGCGUCAAUCUUAGGUUAACCUAUCACCAUGGAGACGUUCUUAUGGUUAUGCAUACACACAUGCUUAAUCCUCGCGCUUUUCUCGAGGAUACCAUGAGAUACGGCCUGCACAGCUUUUGGGGUACUGGUAUGCCUUGGGAGCUGAUUGACAAGGCAAGAUCAGAAGAGUUCACACGAUGCCCCGGCGAAACUAUUGAAUACCCCUACUACUCUCAGGAGAAUCAGGUGCUGUGGACCGCCUGCGGCGAGCUCAACAGCAGCGGCUCGGACAGUUCCAACGACUUGAUCGGCGAAGGGUACGGCGAUGGCAAGUUUCGCUUUACAUUCACGUUCUGCCAGCUCGGGGAACAAUAA